UACUCGACAUGGCGCGCCGUUAUUUAUUUAUCGAUUUUAUUGUGUUGAAAUGUUAUUACAGAUUUCAAGGGCAUGUCUUUACCAGACAAUGAUGGUUUAAAAAGGCUUCGAAAAAUGCUGAGUUCAUAUUGUGAAAUUGUGUAAUUCAAGUCAUGGAAGGUUGGAACGUAAGCGAGUGCCUCCAAAAGGUCUUUCGACAGAUCGAAGAAGCGAAACUGAAAAGAACAGAUGAUUUACAGGGGCGGGAAGUCCGGUUGUUGGCGGUCAGCAAAAUCAAACCAGUGGAAUACAUUAUACAGGCAUACAAUGCAGGUCAAAAACAUUUUGGAGAAAACUAUGUGCAGGAGCUCCACGACAAAGCCACUGACCCCAAACUACUUGAACACUGCAAAGAUAUCAAGUGGCACCUGAUUGGCCAUUUGCAGUCAAAUAAAGUGAACAAAGUCCUAUCUGUACCUAAUUUGUGGAUGAUAGAGAGUAUCGAUUCAAUUAAAUUAGCAACCCAAAUCAAUAAGGCUUGGCCCAAUUAUGGGCUGCCUGACUCCAAACUUGAUGUUAUGAUUCAGGUGAAUACUAGUCGAGAGACUGUGAAAAGUGGAUGUGAAACUUCUGAGUUAACUGAGUUGGCCAGGCAUAUUUUAAAUGAAUGCCCAAAUUUAAGGCUGGAUGGACUAAUGACAAUAGGAAAGUACGGAUACGACCCUACUCUGGGCCCCAAUCCCGAUUAUGUAUGCCUUAGAAAAUGUAGAGAUGACCUCUGUGACGCCCUUAACCUAGAUUCCAAGGAGAUUAAUCUCUCCAUGGGCAUGUCCAAUGACUUUGAACAAGCCAUAGAGUUGGGCAGCACCCAUGUGCGAGUGGGACAGACAAUUUUUGGUGAAAGGCCCGACAAGGCGAUGUGGAAGAAGGACUAGUGUGAUUUUUGCCGAUAUUUUAUUUAUUUAUUUUUGUUGUUAUGAUUGGGGAGAAAGUAAAAUUACAAAUUCUUGUAAAAUCGUUGUUCACCGAUCUAUUAUCUUGUAACUCGAGACAAUUUGCAUGAACACAAAUUACGAUCAAACUAACAUUUUAAUAUUUUCAUGGUAAACAACUGCAUUAACAAAAUUAGUGUUUUUUAAUGGAAUUCGGUUCUGCAACUCUACGUGAAUGGGUUAAAUGUGCAAGAACUUUGCAGGCAUACGUAAUAAAAAUAUCUAACUAGUCUUAAUAAUAGUAGGAUUUUGUUUAAAUUAGUUUGAAUCUAGCAAGGUGCUAAAUAAGUGAUUAUUAGAUAUAUAAUAUAUGUAUACAAUACAUAUAUCAUUUAUUGUGAUUUCGAAACAGUUGACAAUAAGUGUGCCAAUUAUUAUAGUCCCAUAGUGUACCAUUAAUAAUAUGUAGCCAAUGGUUUCUGCUUCAUGCCAAUAUGCCAUUAAAAAUCAAUUUUUGUAUAUGGAUGAACUCAAAUAUUUCCCGCACGUUUUUAAUUCAAACUAAACCCAUUUUUGUUGCCAAAUUGAUAAUAAAGAAAUGUGUUACCUACU